CCGAGAGACGAUAUAAUAAACCCCUUUCUUCUCCGAGACUGUUUUUCCGUUGUCUUUUCUUCGCCACUCUUUGGAUUUAGCAAGAUGAGUGGUCUGACAGACCCUCUUUUACCGUCGUACAACGACGAGAAGAAUGUCGACAAGAAGACGGAACAGGUACAGCAAGGUGCUUUUGACGAAUCGCAAGUCGUCCUCAACGUGGGCCAUCGACGUGAGAAGUUCACCAAACUGGUCAAAUGGAUACUCUUGAUGGUUUUCGCUUCCUGGGGUGCAAGAACUGUCGGACAUCUGUUCACACGGGAUGAAUGGCAUGGCGGAUGGGAUGAUUACUCUAUGUCACCCCCUGUGGAGUACUCAACCGUCGACGCUACGUAUUCCGAACCUAUCAUGACCGAAGUAAACGGACGAAUGCUCAAUACGGCUGAAGCUACUUUCCCUAUUACUUUCGGGAAACAUGCUUCUCUCUCGCUCUCUUUGCUUGCCGAUACGAAGAUCUUUGUUUCUCGCCAUGAAGCAGAUGAGGGGUUUUUGCGUAUUGUCAGUGCUUGGAAGGAUAUUCCACAUGAGAUGACUCCUGUCAUAAUGUCAUCUAGUGAACACGACCAUGUGAUUCGUAUUGAAGAAAUGGAUGUUGUAACUCAUCAUGUCCACUUGGUGCUUCCCUCCAAAACAAAUCGCAUUCCUGCUUUGUCGAUCGAUUCUCCAUCGCUUUCUCUGUUACUUGACGCAUCGGCACAAGAACUCAACUUUCACUCCCUGUUCCUCUCCGUACAAGGAGAUAUCGAACUCCCCGUCAAUGUUCAUGCUCAGAUGGUGGACCUCAACACUGUAACCGGAAAGAUUGAAGGGAACUUUAACGUAUCUCGUAAACUCGUACUACACACUGUGACGGGGGAUAUCAACGCGACUGUCUUUGUUCGUCCUCUACACCAUUUCAAUCAUUCUCACAAACCUGGCAAGGAGCAUGGAGAAAUGCACGAUGGCACGGUGAUGGAGGCACAUCGUCAACGUAUAGGAUCCGGGGGAGGCUGGUGGAGUCGUCUGACGGGAGCGAUGCGGAUGAACAAGAAAUCUUGUCAUGGGCGGUCUCGCCGAGGGAAUGUGCAAGUGCGACGACGUUAUGUAGGAAGCGAGAACAUGAGACGAUCGUUUGGUGUAGGAGAUGGUUUUGAGGGACCUCGUUUCCCUCCUCCUCCGCCUGGACAUGGUGGACCUCAUCCUCCUCCCCCUCCGGGACAUGGCGGACCACCACCACCACCCCAUCCCCCUCCUGGGAAAGGUAGAUUCCCUCCUCCGCCACCGGGUCACAGAGGUCCUCAUCCUCCCCCUCAUCCUCAUGGCCCUCACCACCCUCCUCCUAAAGUCAUCGCAUCCUCAUCGACCGGCUCUAUCACUCUUGAAAUUCAUCAACCUUGGUUUCUCAAGACCGAAGUGUUCACGCACACUCACUCCGGUUCCAUCUCGGUAGACCAUAAGACCUUCCACGGAUUUUUCUCAGCUCAGACUCACGUCGGUAAUGCCACCAUCACCACGGGUGAGAGGAAAGAGGUUAAAGUUCUCAAACAGGUCGUUUGGGGAAGUGGAACAUUGGUUGAUGGUAUUGUGAAACCCGUCAACGUGACUGGGAAACAUGAGUCUCGUCAAGAGCUUGAGAAUCCGGAAGAGGAAGGGUAUGUCUCAUCUCGUUCGCUUAGUGGUCUGGGUAUUGAUAAAGCCAGGUCGGUUCAAUUGAUGGAAAUCGAGUCGACGUCGUUCCUUGAAGGACCAGAUGGACCUCGCGGUCCUCCUGGACCUCCUGGACAUCCUCCGCCUCACAAAGGUCCACACCACCCCGGGCCUCCUCCCCGUGCUCAUCCUCCCUUCGGAGGUAAGAAUGGUGACGGGUCGAGAGUAAUCUGUAGACGAUGUAUCGAUGUUUUUGUCACCGAGAUCAUGUACCCAUGUACCCUUCUCUCUCUUGCUAAAUGGUUCAAUGGCCAAUGGCCAAACGCCACAUUCGGACAUAUCGGGACAGUCCGGAAGAUUCCGGACGAAACGGGGAGGAAGGGAAAAGAGACGAAGCAAAGCUUAUCGCCCUUGGGUACCUGCGUCCUAUCACAUCGUUCAGAUUGGGCGGGGAGAGCAAGGAGGUUGUCCGAGCAGUACAGCCGAGCAAUCGGAAUCUGA